AAAUAAUAAUAACAUUUUUAAUGAAGGGAGUUGAAAUUUGAUUUCAAAGUUCAAUUUUAAUAAUUUUCCAUUACAUUUUAUUUUGUAUAUAUUAUAAAACAUAUUGGUUUAUACGAUUAUAAUACAAUGAAUCUAUUGACUUCUUAUAUGUAAUGGUAUAAAUGGAACAAAUUAAAGGGCCGACGUCAACUAAUUCAAAUCCUACGGAUAAUAAAAAUGAUGAUAAAGAAAAUAAAUUAAAUUCGUUGAAAGAAGUACCUAAGAGGAGUUUUAUACAGAUAAAGGAAUCAUUCAGAACAUUGAAAAAUGCUAAUAGACAAUCAGUUGUGGCCAAAGCUGAAAAAGGUGGUGCUAUUCGUUUCAUGGGAGAUGGUGUUAGUUUUAAGGCUAAACUUAUUGGUAUCUUAGAAGUUAGUGAAGCCAGGGGAGAUAGAAUGUGUCAAGAAGCAUUAUUUGAUUUAAAAGUGGCUAUUAGAGCAGCUGGAGAGCAUAAGCAGCGUAUUACAAUAAAUGUUGCUAUUGAUGGAUUAAAAUUAAGAGAUGAAAAAACUGGGGAUUGUUUGUACCACCAUCCAAUUCACAAAAUAUCAUUUAUAGCUCAAGAUAUGGUUGAUUCAAGAGCAUUUGGAUACAUUUUUGGAUCACCAGAUACUGGUCAUAGAUUUUUUGGUAUUAAAACGGAUAAAGCUGCUAGUCAAGUUGUUGUAACAAUGAGAGAUCUUUUUCAAACAGUUUUUGAAUUAAAAAAACAAGAAAUAGAAAUGACGAGACAACAGCAAAUUAUGAAAGGAAGUGGACUAUAUUUAGAAGCUCUUUCUCAUACAACGUCAAAAGUAGAUCAUAUUGGAAAUGAUGACAAAAGAUUUAAUCGAGAGUCUUCAUACUCAGAUAAAUUAGAUUUGAAGAAUUCAACACCAAAUGCUAAUGAUCUUCUGAACUUGGAACUAGAACUGAAUAAUUUACAGCAAGGAUUGUCUCAAAUGGAAAGUAUCACACCUCCAUCAUCUGACCCUUUUGGUGAUUCUUUUACAUCGCUUCCAGCAGUUGCACUUACUAAAUUACCUCCUCCACCCAGUACGGGUGAACGUAGAGCUCGUAAUAACACUAUCUCUAAUGACCAAGAGGAAAUGCAUUGGUUUGAUAAGGAAACAGAAAGUAUCUUCAGCCUUACAAAUUCUAGUGAAGUUCGCGAAUCACUUAAAACAGCUGAUUUUAAGAUAAAUGAUUUAUCAACUAGUAAUCAUAGUCCUCCAAAAAUAGAUUCAUUUGAUGUAUUCACUGAAUUAGAUCCAUUGGGUACUGGUCGUAGUAAACCUUAUGUGGAUAAAAAAGACUUUUUCCAAGAACUUAAAAACCCUCCUAAAAAAAUUUUAAAUCAAUUAGUCAUGCCUGAAAAUGAUAAAACUACAGAACUAUCUCAAAGUCUUCCACCUAAAAUGAUGAGUAACUCAUUUUCUUCUGAUUUGUCAUUUAAAGAUACACAAGGGUUUGUUGAAGAUCCAUUUAAAAUAGAUCCUUUUAACAAUAAUAAUAAUAUUAAUAAGUCAAAUGAUUCAAAUUCAAUUGAAAUAGAAUUUGCCGACUUUUCAUCAUUCGAUUCUUUAAAACCGGUAUCCCCUAAGCUUAAACAAAAAACUCCACUUAUGCAAAGUGAUAGCUCUUCAUCACAAAAUUCUAUUCAAGGUCUACUUAGAGUCUCACUUCCAUCAGAAUCUCAAAAAUCAUACAAUGUGUCCACUUCGCCCAAGUAUACUUUAAUAUAUAAAAAUAAAUCGAAAUUAAAAUCAAGAAAAACGCCAAGUCCUGAAUAUUACAAAAAGGAAGAACCUACGUCACCAGAUGAUGAUUAUUCUGUUAUGAAAUUGAUGACGUUACCUCAACGAAUUGACAUUGCUCCUGAACCUCCACCACGACCUUCAUCUUCAAUGGAACCUCCACCAUUGCCUCCCAAGAAACAGCAAGUACCUAUUAAAAAUACUAAGCCGACAAGAUCGCGUAACGAUCAUUACGAUUACAUAGAAAAUUAUGUUAGUUCCUAUAAUAUAACAUCUACACAACAAGAAAACGAAGCGCCGCCUUUACCUUUGCCAUCUAGAAAACCAAAAAAUGAAAUUAAAAAAAAAAUUGAAGAAGAACUCGAUUCUGAGUACUAUCUUAUGCCAGUUAAUACUAAAAAAUCCACUUCUACUGUAAAUAAUAAUGAACCAAAUUCCAAUGAAUUGAAGUCAUCUGUUCCUACGUCCCUUGAUAUUACUCUAAGUCAAUUAACGAAAACAGGGUUUAGUGAUUUGGCUGAUACUUUAAAAAUAUCUCCAAAUUCUCUUUCUAAAAUGACUCUUCAGGAAUUGACGUUGCGAUUAUCUGAAUUAACUACUAAAGAUACAGAGGAGUUGCCACAGGUUGAUCCUAAAAAGACUGACGAAGAAAAAAAAGAACGAGAAAAAUCGUUAUAUGACAAAUACGCGGUAUUCAGGGAAUUACUUGAUGAGGAGAAAACGUCUGAGAUUGUUAGAGAUGAAGAAAAUGAUAAAUACGCUGCUCUAAGAAAUAUUGAUUCUACUGAAGAACCAACAUCCGAAGAAAAACAACAAAUAAAUGUGAUUAGUAAUGAAAAAUUAACUUUUGAACAUAAUUCAAAUGUUAUUUCAUUAAAUCGUGAAGAUAGUGAAUCAAAUUUUGAGAACAAUAUGAAUAAUGAUGUAGUAGACGAAGCUGUUGAAGAUGAAAUACACAGUAAAAUUACCAAGGUAGGCGUUGAAAUAUUAAACGAAAUUACAAACAAAAAAGAAGAUGCAGUUAAAAACGUUGAAAUACAGAAAGACAAUAUGAAAAUUGAGAACUUGAUUAAACAAGAGGAGAAACAAUAUGUUAUUGAAUGUCAAAAGGAAGUUUUAGAAAAUGUAUUAAAAGAACCAUCAUGUUUGAAGGAAGAAGUAUUACAACCCAAGUCAAUUGAUAGUAUACAUUGUUGGGCCACCUUUGAUGCUGAAUCAACGGAAAAUGCUAUGAAAAAGGCUACCUCACCUUGGGUUUCAGAUGAUCAUGAACCAAUGCCAAAACCCAAAAUGCAUGUGAGAAAAAUUGGUUCAAAUCUUAGCAAAUGUUCGUCUAGUUGGGAUGACUGUGAAGAGUCUGAAGACAAUUGGGAUACACCUAAAAGAAGUUUAGAUAGUUCAAUGGAAGAUUUUUCGUCGAAAAACGGUUGGAGUGAUGGCGAAUCUAUGUAUGAGGACGAGCCAUAUUAUGACAGACGACCUAACAGAAGAAACAAUCGUAAGAUAUCACCUAGACUUAGAGAACCAUCUCCGUGGGACGACGAAAACAUGUAUAGUGGUGAAUGGGAGUCACCAUAUAUGUUUCCACCUCAUUGGAGAAUACCUUCUCAUAUCGAUGACGAGCGUAGACGAACUAAGGACGACAAACGACGAAUAUAUGCACGACCUGAUAUAGAUAGAAGGAUUCAAAAGAUGGGAUCAGCCCCAAAUUGGGAAGACGAAAAGUAUCAAAGAUUAAUGUAUGAAAGGAGAAGAAGAUUCUUAGAAGAGCAAUACAGUUGGGAUCGUUACGGACCGCCAAUGCCGCCUAUGAGCUAUCCAAAAAGUUACCCAAGACCUUCGGUAGAUAAUAGCGAUGAAGAGGAUUUGAAAAUGCGGUAUAGGUUACCUAAAAAAAGUCGAUAUGUAUCAACCACUACACCUAGAAAACCUCGUCGAUUAUAUCAUCGACGAAGCGAAGGGAGUGAUGAAGAACGCAAUGUUGUACAGUCCCGUAAACCAUAUAGUCAAGAAGAUUUGGAUUUUAGUGAAUCUGAGAUAGAACAAAACUGGCCAAAAAAAACAAAACAUAAAAUGUGGCCAUCAAAACGUAAUCAAACUUCACCUUUUGAUGAUAAUUUUACGAACGAAAGUCCAGAUUCUUCUUCCGUAUUUGCCAAAACAACCAGUACUUGUUCUGAUUUGGGUUAUUUAACAAAACCAUCACCUUCGACUAGUUCAAAAACAACUAACAGGGUACCAUCAACGAGGAAACCAAAACGAUCUGAUAGUGGGCAGCGUUCAGUAGAUUCUUCUAACUCAAAAGGGGAUAUUUAUGCGACAUCAAAACAUUCACCGUUUGAAGAUGAUUUUACACCCCCCGACGCUAUUGAAGCAAAAGGAAGUGUUUCUAGUGAAUUUAGCUUUAAGGAUGACGAUGUGUUCGCAGGUAAAAAGAGCGACAAGGUAGUUCAAGAAGAAAAUGUUGCAACCGAUGGAAUAAAAAAAUCAGAUUCUAUUAAUAUAUUUUCAAGAAAUGCUGAUCCAUUCGAGGAUGAUGACUUCUUUAACCAAGAAGUAACAAAUAAACAAAGAAUGUCUGCUUCAAGUGAAGUUUCAUCUGCUCACGAAACUGAGAACAGAAAUAAAAGACCAGACCGGACUAAAAAAGAAUGAGACUAUCAAAAUGUGGUCCAAUCCAAAUCCAUGGGGACCACUAGAAAAUUUAGGAAAGUUUUUAAGAAAGUAAAUAAAUUUAUGAACAAACUUUUUUAAUCAACAAUUUUAUAUUAUGUAAAUUUUGAGCAAUGGACAAAUUAUACACAGCGUAACAUAAAUUAAUAUUUUUUUUAGCUGUGAUAAGUUUCCUCGUGUUUAAAUACAAUCACUUUUUUUCAAAUAGCAUUAUUAUUUGCUGUAUAUUUUAAUAUCAAUGACUAUGUAACUUUAUAUUUAUUUUCGCAGAACUACUUCAUUCUCUCUAUUUCUGUUAACAUGAAAUCUCAUUAAAUUUUUUAUAUGUAAAUUUGUGUUUGUAUGGACUAUUUUGUGAAUAAUUUCACAAGUGAUAUAUUUCCAUAUGUGCAAUACAAAUUAAUUUGUUUUUUUUUAGUCUGCAUUGUUAUAUAUUUUUUUUCAUAUUGCUCUAUUUAUGUUUUAACAUUCUUUUGUGAAAAAUGAUUAUUGUACUACCCUAUCAGGAUUACCCAUCCAUUAAUUUUAAAUACUUAAAAGGUGUACUUAAUAUUUAGCUAAUAUUACGAACAUAUAGUUAAUGUAAUUUUUCAAGUAUAAAAUGUUCCUUUUUAAACAUGCAUUUUAUGGACUUUGACCACCUAUUAUGCGGUUUAAAACUAUAGCCAUUACACUACAUGUAAAAAUCUAAAAUUAUCGAAGUUUUAAAACAUAUUUUAAUAAAUAUCUAGCAAAAACAUAAAGUUGGUUUAAAAUAUGGUUGGCUGAUAAAAUACAAAAAACAAACUUCUAUAAUUAAAAAAUUUAGUGCCAUAAAUUAUUUUAAACAUAAAACUACAAGAUUUUUAAAAAUCUUAAUUUUUUUUAGAUGUAACUUAUAUGUCCUACACAUAUCAUGAAUAUCUCAUGUAGUGUAAAAAAUAUUUGUACUAUUUAUGUUAUGUUUGAAUUAUUUUUAUGAUUUAAAUAAUAAUUUCUCAUGAAAUUAACUUAUUUUGUUUAUAAAAACCGAAUAAUGUUUAUCAAACAGCAGCUUUAAAAACUACUUAAUAUUUGUUUAUUU